AUGUGGAUCAUUCGGUUAUUUUACAUUAUUCUUCUAAUAACGUUCGUUGAAUCAGCUCAUUUUAAUGGCGGCACAGUGACAUUUCGACCGAUAAACGCUUCGGCAACCGGCAGCGUAGUGUCAAUCAUUAUUACACAAACUUAUGAUUGGACGUAUCCACUCGUUUAUUGCGAUAAUACUAUGAUAGCAGCACACACACUAUUAACUCGCUCGGGGAUGUCUAGUUAUCAGUUAGUUUGUAUAGCAAAUUGCAAUACAUCAACUGGCUACACAGCACUAAUGGUUCAAUCUCCUUGUACAGAUUUUAGUGUAUAUCUACAAACAACAACUGGGCAACGUUCUGACACUGUUAAUCUAGUAUCGACCGAUCAUUUUACCGUUGCAUUUCAGAAUGCUCCUUACUAUGCAUGGAGUUUAUAUUCUGCCCCAGCAUUGAGCUGGAGUAUAGCUUGUACAAUUAACGUUUUAUUACGACCAGAUGGAACGAUAAAUACAUCACCGAAAGCCAAUAUAGUAUCAUACAUUAAUAUUCCAUUGAAUAUAUCUUACAGUUUUCAAAUUCCAGUGGCUGAUGCACAGUGGGCAUUUUUUGCUAGAGCAGGCGGACUUUAG